AUGCCGCCACCAAGGAUACCACAAAGCCUACUGGCUCAAUUCGGCCGAUUGAACAUCACUACAUCGCGGCCAACACUACUCCAACAAACAUGCCUCCCUAAACCCCAAUCCACAAUCCUCCCCUCUGUUCGCCUCUUCUCUUCCACUCCCACUCGUUUCAACUACCUCGCUCCCAAAGCUGGAGAAUCCCGCAAAUCAAGAAAAGGCCGCUGUCGCGUCCCCACCGGCGGCUCCAUGCGCGGCACAACCGUCGUCUGGGGCGACUACGGCAUACGCAUGCGCGACCACGACCGACGCAUAUCUGCCCAACAACUCCGCAUCGCCGAAGAAACCAUCCGCAAAAGGCUGCGUGGCAUGAAAUUCCGACUCUACAUGCGCAUCGCAGCCAACAUUGGUGUGUAUACGUCUGGCAACGACGUGCGUAUGGGAAAGGGCAAAGGAAGUUUUGAUCGCUGGACGGCGAGGGUAGCGGUUAGCAAGAUUAUUUUUGAGAUUCAGGGCGACUUGCACGAGCAGGUUGUUCGGGAUGCGUUUAGGCUUGCGGGCAACAAACUUCCUGGUUUGUAUGAAUUCGUGAAGAAGGGCGAUGCGCCUGUCAUGGGUCUCACAAAGGUCGGGUUGAACGGAAUCACAGAGGAGGAUCUCAGGAGGCCGAGGAGGAAGGAGCCGCUUGAACAGACGGCGGCGAGGUUGCCUGAUGCUUCUUCAUCUGCGCCGGCAAAUGGACCGAGGGUGGAGAUGUAG